CACCCCUCAAACCUGCCUCACCAACUCACGUCUAGAAGCAAUUAGGUUCACUUCUCUCUCUCUCUCUCUCUCCUCUCUCUCUCUCUCUCUCCCCCGGGAAAAAGUCUAUAAGACUCAUCUCAAGCGCUCAAAAAGGGCCGGCCUUGACGAACAGGCACCACCAAAACCGUCCUUUCAUCAUUUCCACCAUUGCCACAGCCAAUCCGAGGAGAAGAAAAAAGGGUCGAUCAAAGGAUUUUUGGUGAGGAACGCAGAAGUUUAAUUAGCUGAAAUGGGGAGGUCACCUUGCUGUGAGAAGGCUCACACAAACAAAGGAGCAUGGACCAAGGAGGAAGACGAUCGGCUCAUCGCCUACAUCCGGGCUCACGGCGAGGGCUGCUGGCGCUCGCUGCCCAAGGCCGCCGGCCUCCUCCGCUGCGGCAAGAGCUGCCGCCUCCGCUGGAUCAAUUACCUCCGUCCGGACCUCAAGCGAGGCAAUUUCACUGAAGAAGAAGACGAGCUUAUCAUCAAACUCCAUAGCCUCCUUGGCAACAAAUGGUCUCUUAUAGCUGGAAGACUGCCAGGAAGAACGGACAAUGAGAUAAAGAACUACUGGAACACGCACAUCAGAAGAAAGCUUCUGAACCGUGGCAUCGACCCCGUGACACACCGGCCGAUUAACGAACAGGCGGCCGAUGUUACCACUAUAUCUUUUGCUUCUGCAGCAGUCAAAGAAGAAGAGAAAGUCACAACUUCUGGUUUCGACACCAAGGAGAAGAGCCCAAUUCAAGAACGGUGCCCAGACCUCAACCUUGAGCUGAGAAUUAGCCCUCCAUAUGAACACCGAACGGAGCCAUUGAAGACGGGAGGAAGAAGCAGCGCUUGCCGUUGUUUCUCGUGUAGCUUGGGCAUCCAAAACGGCAAAGAGUGCAGUUGUAGUGACGGUAGCAGCAGCAGCAACGCUGGGUAUGAUUUCUUAGGGUUGAAAACUGGGGUGUUGGAUUACAGAAGCUUGGAGAUGAAGUGAGGGUUGAGAGGGUGUGGGGCCAUGAAAGUAUGCAUGAUUUAGCAAAGAGAUAAAUGGGUAAGGGAUUUGGUAUUAGGUAAAAAUCUCCCUAAUCUUCUCUUGCUUUGUACGAUACUAGUGCUGCAUAGUGUUAAUAGUAUCAGCAAAGAUGAGAACUCUUGGAUAUUCAAUCCAGUUAUUUUAUGGAUGUGUGCCAUUGAUGUCAA